AACCAUAACUGUAUCACAGUCAUUCAAAUUCAAACCUGGGACGUAGAAGCUCAUAAUUCUGAGAAAAAUUGUGAAAUUUAAAAUAGAUCUCGAUGUCGAAUGUAUCAAAACUAAGUAAGGCUCCUGCCAUGGAGUCAGAUGAUUGCGUUAUGGUCAACGAACCUAGUUAUGACGCGCUUAAGCUGUGGAUCCACUGCAACCGAUGCUUCGAAAUAUACUUUAAGAAUAAAACGAAGCUUAUCCUUCUCGCCUGUCACCAUGUUUCAUGCGAGAAGUGUGUAAAGGUAUGUGUGGGUCGUACACCGAGCGAUGCACUCAUCUACCAGUGCCCCAUCUGCCGCAAGGAGGUACGCGGUCGUUUGGUUGGCAACAACAUGCCAAGCGGCAUCAAGAUGCUAUUCCAUCCCGAGCCGUGGUCUCUGCACAAUGAUUUCAUUGAGACCUUCCAGGAGAGCAACAAUCGUCACUUUGCCAGAUUCAAGGAACGUCAAGAAAAGAUCGUCGCCAAAUUGGCAAAGGACAUUGAAAUGACCAAGUCCAUCUGCCAGAAGCGUUACAUUGAGAUGAAGCACAUGGCCGUGGAGCGCCGUAAAGCUUUGCUUCGUCAGCGUCAAAUUAAAGUAGCAUUGGCCAAUAGGAAGAAUGAACAGACUAUAAUGUUGAUGAAGCGGAAGCAAGAGCUAAAAAAGAAACAGCUUUUGGCUGCAGCCUAUGCUGCUAAAUCUGGUACCCAACGGUCCAAUUCAUCGCAACGCAACCAGCGUUCACGAUCCUCAUCACCGGCUGCUGGCACCUCGAAGGGAACUCCCAAACGCAAGGUGACUGGCUUUAUGCACCUGUCCAAUCAUUCCUUUGACCUCUAAGGGACAAGACCUAGAGGUUAUAAAGUGUAAAAAGAAAAUUUAAUGUUUAAGAUUAUCUAAACAUACUUAAAAACUUCAAAAUUAAUCAUAA